AUGGAGGACGAUUUUCGCCAUAUGAUUUUCCCCAGGGCUGCAGGCGAUGGCGCCGGUCGAGGGCAAAGAGCCUUGGUGGUCACGGCCGUCUUGACAGCAAUCGCCGCCGUCACUGUCGCGAUGCGAUUCUUAGCUCGAAUUGGACUGAUGAAAAUUACUGGUCGUGAAGACUGGACAAUUCUUCUUUCUCUGGUCAGAGCACCUUGUCAGAUCAAUUUGUUGCCUAAGUCCUUGCUAAUUUAUGAGCAGGUAUUCUCCAUUAUCUACCUCGGUCUAGUAGCAUCCGGUCAGUCUCUGAACUUCUAUACUUCUAUAAUCAGAUCUAACCAGCCACAGAAACGCACUUUGGCCUCGGAAGACACUCAAGCGAUCUUUCUACGUAUGAGAAUCAACAACAAUUAA